GCCAAGGUUUAUUUUUAUUCGUUUUAUACUUUCUAAUCUAGGAGUACAAUCAGUUAUCGUACUUUAUUUCAUAAAAAUCUGGUAGAUAGAACGGAGUCAUGCAUUUUUAGAUGAUUUAAAUGAAAUCAAACGAUUGGUGAAUAAAUAGUAUCUGUAUUAACUUGUAUUUCUGUUAAAUAGUAUUAUCAUCUACUCAUUAUAUAGUUUGUAUUAUUUAGAAGAGUAAGAAUGAUGUGAUAUCAUUUGUGUGGAAGCUAAGCUCAACUAUUCUCUAUUCUUCAUCUACUGAUAUGUUGUAAAAAUAUUAAAAAUGUUAUCAAUGUAUUUAAAACUUCGUAUUGUUACAACUAUUGAAGGAUUUAUUGGGACUAUAUUAAAUUUAUUAACAUUAUUUAUUGUAUUUAAAACACAGUUUGGUUCAAAAUCUACAACUUUAAUGUUAAGAUUACAGACAAUAUUUGAUUGUACUGCAUGCUUUUUAUAUGCAAUGUAUUCAGCAACAGAAAAUGAAAAUUUACUAAAUAAUAAAAAUCCAACUGAUAUUUCAUUUAUCAAUGAAUUAUUAUGUUAUUUAUGGUCAUAUAAUAUUGCAUUUUGGUCUGGUGUUAUAUUAAGUGUUCAGAAUAUUGUAUGUAUUUCAAUUGAUCGAUUCAUAGCAGUUCUAUUCCCAAUUAUUUAUAAAACACAUCAAUUAUUAUUAAUUAUAAUAUUUAUUACUUAUCAAUUAGGCAUGAUAGGAUUAUUAUUUACACCAAUAAUAUUUUUUAGACGUUUCGAUAAUGAUACAUGUAUUUAUGUACCUGGACCAAAUGGUAUUGAUUCAUCAACAUACAUUGCUUUUCGUGGAUAUACAUGGUUAUCAUUUCAGUAUAUAAUUCCAGUAUUGAUUAUUACAAUUAGUCAUCUUUCAAUUAUAAUAGAAUUAAAAAAGAGACAAUAUCAAUCUAAAACUCUUAGACCGAUUGAAGUUUCAUUACGGAAUAAAGGAUGUGAAUUGAAUGAACAAAAAAAGUUGAAUAAAUUAGUCCUUAUAACAGCAAUAAUGUCUGGUCAACAAGCUACAUUACAUUUAUAUGAAUCUAUACGUUAUUUUUUGACUAUGUUAAAUAUUGUAAUUUUUGGUUAUGGUACUAUUGGACAACAAAUGGGUCCAUUUUUAAUAGUAUUAAGUAGUUGUAUUAAUCCAUGUAUCAUUAUUGGAACAACAGUAUCAGUACGUAGACGAUUUUCACAUUAUCUGCAUGAAAUUUGGAUAAAAAUUAGACGAGACAAUGUGAUUCAAAAGAAGGAAAUUCAAGUGUUGAAUGGUUAUAUCAACUAAGUGAUUCAAUUCAAGUACAACAUCACGUGGAUCUUAAUAUAGAUGUGAAAAAUAAUGAUAAAAAGGUUCAUUUUAUCAUUAGAUAUAAUUUCAGCUGUUUAUUUACCUAAUUUAUUCUUGGAAUUCCAAGGGUUAAUAUUCAAUUUGUUUUUAAACAUUUGUGACAUACUCUAAAGAAUAUUUUAUGAAUCAAAUUUCUAUUACGUUAAUUAAUCAUGUUUUUAAUUUGCUGAGCUGGUGUAAAUUAGUUACUACAUAAAGUUAAUAAGAGUUCAAAUGUUGUAUCAUUACUUUGCAAGUAAAUGAAAAAAAAAAUACAACUUAGGUUUAAAACAAGGCUAUUACCAGGUAAACUUGACUUCUUAUAUUAUCAUAAACAUUGAAAAUGUUCUUCGGAAAACUUAAGGGGAAGGAAUUGGUUUAUAGAAACUAUUAAGGACUGAAUCGAUAUUUAUUUAUGUAGUGCAUGUACGUCAGAUAAUAUGAACUUUAUGUUAUUAAUCACCAGCAAAUAAGUUAUUCUUUUUUGAAUGGUAAAAUAUUAACAAAUUAAUCUUCAGAUACUAUCAGUUUUCGUGUACUUUGGAACGGAGGUGCGUAUUUAGAUUCAGUUCAUCCCCAAGACCUUAGUUGAUUGGAAAGCAUCAGUAUGAUGGCUUGAAAAAGACUCAAACAUGAGAAUAUUUGUUGAUAUUAGGAAAACGCAUGUAUUUAAUUAUGAUGACCGUCCAAAUAAGUAAUAAUCUUUUCAAUUGUCUAUAUUUGUAAGUAAUUCCCUUGGAAAAUAGUAUGUUUGAAGGGUGAUUAGUGGAGUUUUAUCAAUAUUUGGUCAUUUUAUUGUUGUACUCCAAAAGACAAAAAGAUCAGAACAAUGUUCUUUUUUACCAAAGUAACAUCAAAUAAAACAGAAAAUAAAUCAGGGGAAAUAUACUUAACACUGUUAUGUCAACUAAAUAUAUCGUAGGCCGA